CCAGCAAAGGCGUGGCAUGGGCUGCUCAUUAAAGAGAGCAGACAGAGAGGCAGACACUCCGUUAACAUUCAAAUAGGAGAGGAGUUCUGGGAGUCUACAGAACCUCUUGGAUUGAGUUUUACAACCCUAACAAGAAACAAAGGGCAGAAGAUGAAUAACAAGACGAUCUAUGACAAUGUUGCUCAUGUGAACUAUGCGUUCCAACACAAGGAAGAGCAGCCUCUUCCAUAUGCACCUUCAUCUGGGAUGUACCCUGCUUUACCCCCGUACCCUGGUCAACAAAACCCAUCGCCUCUAUACUUGAAUACCUCUCCCUCAUAUCCAUCUGACAGAUACUCACCUGCUCAGGGCCUACAUCAGUAUACACCUCAAACAGCACCUGUAAAUACCCACUCCACUUCCACACUUGGAUUACACCCUGCCAUUCACAAAGUUCCCAGGAAAAGAAUAUGGCCUUAUGUCGUGGGCACUGUCAUCACCCUCCUGAUCAUUGUCGCAGUUAUAGUUGCAUUGUUUUGGUAUUUCGGUGUGUUCGAUUGUCAAGGGCGGCGCUGCAAAGCAGAUAACAAAUGCAUCAGCCACUCUCAGUGGUGUAAUGGGGUUCCAGACUGUCCAUCAAGAGAAGAUGAAGCUCAUUGCUUUCGUCUGUAUGGAUCAAAUUUCCUUCUUCAAAUGUACUCAAAUGAGAGCCAUAAGUGGGAGAAUGUGUGUUCUCUUGGAUGGAAUAACAACCUCGGAAGACAAGCAUGUAAGGAGAUCGGAUACAGCAGGGAUACUUAUGUAGGCUAUGAUACAGUAUCCUCAAGAGCAUUACUAGACUACAUGAUGGUUAAUACAGAUUCUCUCAACUCUUCCAACCUGAAUAUGUCCACACACAGUUUUCUCACUAAAAGUUCAGACUGCCCAUCUAACAGUGUAGUUGCACUCAAAUGUAUUGAUUGUGGACAUAACAUCAGGAACCGUAUUGUGGGAGGAACCACAGUGACCACUAAGGGGGUGUGGCCAUGGCUGGUCAGCCUGCAGAUUGCCAGAAGACAUUUGUGUGGAGGGUCUGUUAUCACCCCCUACUGGAUCCUCACAGCAGCUCACUGUGUUUAUGAGAAUUCAGAUCCAAGGUACUGGACUGUGUAUGCUGGGUAUCUGACUCGUAUAGAGAUGCAGUUCGUAACCGGCAAUUCAGUAAAACGAAUUGUUAUGCACAAAUUUGACCCGGACACUAACAACAAUGAUGUGGCUUUAAUGAAGCUAAACAGUCCACUCAUGAUUUCAUCAAACAUCAGGCCAGUGUGUUUACCCAAUGCGGGCAUGUACUUCUCUGCUCCGAGACAGUGUUACAUCACAGGAUGGGGGUCACUGACUAAUGGAGGAACUACUUCAGAAACUCUACAAGAAGUCAAAAUCGAGCUGAUUGACAGUAAGACCUGUAAUAGUCCGCCGGUGUAUAACGGACAAAUCACAGACAACAUGAUCUGUGCUGGCAAGCUGGCAGGUGGAGUGGACUCCUGUCAGGGGGACAGCGGGGGUCCUCUGGUCAUACUGGAGAAUUCUCAAUGGUGGCUGCUCGGGGACACUAGCUGGGGUGAUGGAUGUGCUUUCAGAAAUAAGCCCGGAGUCUACGGAAAUGUGACCUACUUCCUUAACUGGAUAUAUGAACAAAUGCGGGUUCGGUGUUAAAAAUGCCAGUGUGAACGAUAAGCGAACCAGGACUAAAUGAAUCAUUUUCUUUUUUGGUCCGGACCAAGAGGACCAAGAGAACCGAAGAACAAUUGUGAACACAUCCUAAAUCUCUACUUUCACUCUGAAAGUGAAAGUGGAGAUUUUUUGCAUCUAUGUGAACUUCUGCAAUUAAUCAAGAUGGACUUCAAAGACUUUGGUCAUUAAUCUUACAGUUCAAACACAAUCUAUGUUUAAUCACUGACCUUUAACACUUAGUUUAAUAAUUUUAAACCAUGAUUUUACCUAUACAUAAUUAAUAUUUACAUUACAUUCAUAAUGUUAGCCAGAGGGGAACUGGCCCUCACAGUGAAUCUGGUUUCUCCCAAGGUUAUUUUUCUCCAUUAAUCUACAUCUUAUGGAGUUUUGUGUUCCUUGCCACAGUCGCCUACAGCUUGCUCACUGGGGUUAUUAAUACAAUUAUCAUUUGAUUAUUUGUAAACACUAUUAAAAAUCGUAUUUUAUCUAAAUUACACAAUGAUGAUUAAUAGACUUUAUAGACAUUACAGUUUUAUCGUCUGUUAAUGCUGAUAUUCUGUAAAGCUGCUUUGAAACGAUGUGUGUUGUGAAAGGCGCUAUACAAAUAAAAUUGACUUCACUUGACUAGUAAAAAGGAUUGAAAUAUGAAUCUGUUUCUCAUCCAAAGUGAUUGCAUCGCUUCAGAAGACAUUAAACC